GUGUGUGUAUAUAUAUAUGUUAUGUUCUUGUUAUUUCAUAGUGAAUUUCAUCAACAUUUUCUUUAGGGUUAAACUAGCCAUGGCAGUGGCACUCAACCAACUUCCUGCCUGUAUUCUCCGAACUCCUUCUCAAGCCGAAGUGACACCAGCCAUUUCUAGCCUUCGAAGCCAUGUGAAAGCUAAAGCUGGAUCAGAAGAUGGUUCGCGUCCACUGACUUCCUUCACCCAUGAAAGUGGACAAUGUUUUCAAAUUUCGCAUGCUGAUAUGUAUGAAUACAUGGAGGAAAGCCCAGAAGCUCAGGAAAUGAUCAAAGAAACGGUCAGUAAUAAGGCUGUGUGGGAGGCGUUUUGCGGAGUUCCCGCCGUUUUGAAUGCUUUGAAAUCGAUGAUGGGAGAUGGUAUCAACAAAGCAAAGACACUACUCGGCAACAUGUCAAUCAACAACAGCCACGAUUCAAAUUCUGAGAAGCCAAAGCUAUGGGAACGUAUUCUUUCAACUUUGUCAACAAUGGGGGAGACCAUAUGGAAGUUCAUUAAGGCAAUGUUUGGGGGAACCCCUUCUGGGCAUCGAACCAUUGAAGUCAUGAAAGAUUCUGGGCGCCAAUUAAAAUCUCUUAUAGUGUUAUUUUUCAAUUCCAUUGUGGCGAUGUUUGGUGUGUUACUGGACCGCCUCGUCAUGCAGGCAACAAUGAUAUGAGCAACAAAUCAUAUAGAGAACUGGAGGCAAAGAAGGUGCGUGGAUGGACAACAUUUACAAGGUUUAGAUUUAUUGGAGUUCUCACUUUUCAAAAAUCCUAGCUAUUACCUUGUUAUUGUUGUUGUUUUUAUGUUUGAUUGUGUGUUUAGUUUCAGUAUUUUUAAAUUUGAUGGUGUGUAAUGUUAACUUAUGAUGCAUGUUUGAAAAUGAUAUAUAUAAUAAAU